UUGAUAUAAGGCAACAUUCAUUAAUCUAUUAUUAUCAAUUAGAAUUAAUUAUAAAUUUUGAUUCAAAUUAUGAUCAAUUAUAUUUCUCAAUUAGAUUCUCUAUCCUUGAAAAAGGAUAGAGAACUGGUAUGUUAAAAAAAAAAAUGUCAUAUUUUGAAACUGAUGUCUAAUUAGUAUUAGCAAGGUGAUUUGCCCUUAACAUUGGUUACAUAUUGCUUAGAGGCUACUACAUUUAACUGUAUAGUAUCAUAUUGUAGAAGAUUCAUAUUGUAGAAUCUCCCCCCCAAAGUACUAUACCAAAUAAAAGCUUCUAUUUUGCAAAGUUGGUAGGAAGUAGGCCUUAUUUUCUUUCUCUGGUCCUUAAACCUGCUUGUCUGCUUAUUAGCCCAUGCAUCAAAUUUUCGUGUCUUAGACAAAAAUACUAGUGAUUUGUCCACCCAUGAUGUCUUCACUGGUGUGAUAAUCAAAUACAUUUAUUGUAGCAGGAAGUUUCAUAACUUACAAAAAACAGCAAGCAGCUUCACCAACUGAAGUCGCAAUUCAGAAUUGGAAAAUCUUUAAGUCGCUUUAUUUUUUUUGAAAGGAUUUCUACUUGUGUGAGCCCUAAUUCAGCAACUGGUUGUGCACAUGGUUAUUUAUCAGUGUUUGAAUCUGCUCUCUAUGCAGGUGGCAGGCAUUAGUUCUGUACCUACACUGGAGUGCUUCCGCUCUCUGAUGUCAGUCUCUAUAAGUUGUUAUUGGCUCUACUAAGUCAAAUGUUUCUAGAUACAAGAGGUGGAGUCGUAUAUUAAAUACAUCAUUCUGAUAUAUAUGGAGAAAUAAAAAAUGCCUCUUCUGAUUUGUCACUGAAGAUGUUUGAACAUUUCCUGUUAUUUUCUAAUAAGGUAACAGUGAAUGUGAUUGGCGGCGCUGCCUUUCUCUCUCUCUCUCUCUGGCUCUCCCUCUCACUCUUUUUCUCUCUAGGAGUCAGAGGUAGAUAAGCAGGGCAUGUGAAGAGCUGAGAGAGAGAGAUGGACAUCUGUCUUACUCUUGUUUUUCUGUCAUCUACACUCAGGAUCACCAAAACUGGCAAGUAAACACCGACUAUAAAAAGUGUAAAUAAUACAAAUGUAUUUUAUGCAUUAAAAGGAGUAGAAAUCUCCUCAUGAUACAUAAUAAAUCAUAAAAUGUCUUUUGGAAAAGAACAAGAUGGGGAGCUCUUAUUUUUCUAAAAAUGUUUGUUUGUUUCUUUUAUUACAAAACUUCUUUCUGUUAUUCUCUCUCUCUUUCUCUGGUGUACAGACAGCGUGAGGCUGAUGGAUGGUGGCAGUCAGUGUGCGGGAAGAGUGGAGGUUUUCCACAGAGGACAGUGGGGAACAGUGUGUGAUGAUUAUUGGAAUAUGAGAGCUGCUGCAGUGGUGUGUAGAGAGUUAGGCUGUGGGGAGGCUGUAGACGCAAUGGGUGAUGCUCAUUUUGGACCGGGUUCAGGACCGAUCUGGAUGAGGUAUCUGGAGUGUAGUGGAUCUGAAUCUACCCUGAAAAAAUGUGGGUCAAGUGGGGGGUGGGUAGAUCAGUGUAACCAUGAAGAGGACGCUGGAGUCAUCUGCUCAGGUAGAUUGGACUAUUUCUACAGUACAUUAUGUUUAAUGACCGUGUAAGUGCUGCUACUGUAAAUCUUAAGUAAACAGUUUUAUAAAAAUAUGUAAUUAAGUUUUAUUAAAUAUGUUAACUAAUCAGUUUUAUUAAAAUAUUACUAAUUUUUCCCAAGGACAAAAAAUUAAUCUGUGCUUUAUCUUAUACUUAAAUCUUUGACAAAUAAGCCUGAAAAAAAUGUUGAUUAAACAUCAACAUUGUCUUUAAUGUUUUUUUGUGUGUCCACAAUGGACUUGGACUUUCAACAAAUCUGUCAUUUGGAUUUGAUUUCUUUUGCUUUUCUCACUUCAUAUUUUAAAGGCUUUAUAACUCAACAGACUGAAUAACUCAACAGAAUACGUAUAUGUAAAAGUACAGGUAAAACUACAUUUAAAAAUAUAUUUUUUUAAAUGUAGAACAUAAAACAGCAAAAUUGAAGACUUUUUUUUCCUUUGUAGAAAGGUUUUGUAUGAAGUACAGUGACCACUUGUUACAGAGAAUACAGUUAGGGCCAAAAGUUUACAUACACCUAGGCUAAAUAUAUUCAAACUGCAUUUUUGAGGCACCAUACGCAAUGCAGAGGAAGUGAAAUAGCAAACAGGUUGCUAUUUCAAUAUGACAGGUUCAUACUGUAACUCAUAAGACAUGGGAAAAACAAUUGCAAAUGGACUUUGCUUCUCCAUUUAAAAUUUGGCAGACGUUGUACAUUUGUGUAUAUGAAAAGGCAAAGGGUAAUACGCAAUUGCAUUUUCAUUUGAAUUAUGUCACAAUUUAUACGUCCACAAAUAGAAAACAAAAUGCUUUUCACAAAGUUUUGUAAAUGUAAUAAAAAAAAUAGAGUGCCUUAAGAUUCUUUUCUUAGCUAUUAUCAGUGGAACCAGGUUGCACCUGAGCUCAAUUUUGAGUGUUAAGAUUUGUCAAUUGGGACAUGUUGGUGGUUAUUGGUGCUCUGGGUCUAAUCAAGCUGAUGGCCUUACUCUUAAAUUGCUCUUUCAGCAAUCAGCAAGUAUUUAUACCCUUUAUUUAUGGUGUUGUUUAACACCCAUGGCAGUUAUUAGAGCCUUGGAUGUUCUUCAGUAUGAUACUUCUGAAGAACUUCUCCCUUUCCUCAAUUUAGAACCUUUCAAGUUCUGUCAGGUUUUAUGGGGAGUGUCGCUGCAUCGCUAUUUUCAGGUCUCUCUUGAGAAAUGGAAAGAAUAAAAAGAAUAUAAUUGAAUAAUAAUUGAAUAAUAUAAUCUGACCCUAAAAAAGUCAGAAAGCCAUCCACCAAAAGUCAGUUACCAGGUGAGUAGGGCAUUAGUCAGAGAUGCAAACAAAGUGGCCACGGGUAACACUGAAUGAGUUGGAGAGAUCCACAGCUCAGAUAGGAGAAGUCGUUCAUUGGACAACCAUAGCAUGGAUACUCCACAUAGCUGGGCUUUAUGGAAGAGUGGCAGGAAGAAUUAUUGAAAAAAUUAUUGAAAAAAAACAUAUGAAUUCCUGUUUGGAGACUAAGGAAACAUGUGGAAAAAGGUUAGCUGGUCUGAACAGACCAAAAUUAAAGACUUUGGCCAUGACACAAAGCAAUAUGUUUGUAGGAAAUCCAACACCCUGAGAAGACAAGCCCCACAGUAAAACAUGGUGGUGGUAGCAUAAUUUUGUAGCAAUGCUUUUCGUCUGCAGGGACUGGGAAACUGGUUAGAGUUCAGGGCAAGAUGGAGCCAAAUACAGGGCAGUCCUAGAAGAAAACCUGUUCCAAUCUGCAACAGGCUUGAGGUAGAGGCAAGAGGUUUGCCUUCCAACAGGACAACAACUCUAAGCAUACUGCCAAAAAUACAUUAGAGUGGAUCAAACCCAAGAACCUGAAUGUGUUAUAAUGGCCCAAUCAAAGCCAAGAUCUCAAUCUGACUGAAGCUCUGUGACAUCCGUGACUCUGAGACUUGAAAAUUGCUGUUCUCCAAUGGUCUCCAUCCAAUUUGACAGAGCUUGAACAAAUUUAUUACAAUAAAAACAAUUUUGCACAAUAAAAUGUUAGACAUAUUGUGUAAACCAAAUGGUAAAAAUCCCAGUUAAGUCCAUUUCAGUUCCAGAUUGUAAUACUCCAAGAUGUGUAAAAGUUCAAGGGUUGAAUACUUAUACAAUCCACUUUUGUUGCUGUUGCUGGACAAUAUUAUAAAAAUAUGCAGAAAAUGUGAUGCAUAAUCAUAGUUAUUGUCACAAUAACAUUUUAGGAAUCAGGCUUGUUGGUGGUUCUCGCUGCUCAGGGAGAGUAGAGGUGCUUCAUGGGAAGACUUGGACCUCAGUGUGUGAUGCUGACUUUGAUAAGCAGGAUGCAGAGGUUGUGUGUCGCGAGCUGGGCUGUGGGUCUCCUGUAAAGGUACUGGGAGAAGAUGAUUUUGGCAGAGGUGAGGGCCAUGUGUGGGAAAAGAAUCUUCAGUGCAGAGGCACCGAGUCUCGGAUUCAUUUUUGUCCAACAUCUACACUCGAACACAACUGCUCCAAUUAUAGCCAUGUGGGACUGGUGUGUGCUGAGAGUGUGAGGCUGAUGGAUGGUGGCAGUCCGUGUGCUGGUAGAGUGGAGGUUUUUCAUAGAGGACAGUGGGGAACAGUGUGUAGUGAUAACUGGAAUAUUAAAGCUGCUGCAGUUGUUUGCAGAGAGCUGGGUUGUGGAGAAGCUGUAGAUGCUCUGCAUCAUUCUCAAUUUGGAUCAGGAUCAGGAUCAAUCUGGAUGGAUGAUGUGGGCUGUAAGGGAUCAGAGUCUACCCUGAAGAACUGUGGAUCAGCAGAGUUUGGCAUACAUGACUGUGAUCAUACUAAGGUUGCUGGAGUCAUCUGCUCAGAAGUCAGACUGGUUGGUGGUUCUCGCUGCUCUGGGAGAGUGGAGGUGCUUCAUGAGAUGACCUGGGUUAGUGUGUGUGAUGCAGACUUCAACAAGCAGGAUGCAGAGGUUGUGUGUCGGGAGCUGGGCUGUGGGCCUCCUGUGGAGGUGCUGGGAGCAGCUACCUUUGGCAUAGACAAGGUGCAGGAGCAGACAAAGGAAAUUCAGUGCAGAGGCAACGAAUCUCAGAUUCAUUUUUGUCCAACAGCUACACUCAAACGCAACUGCUCCCAUUCUAAUUAUAUGGGACUUGUGUGUGCUGAGGGAGUGAAGCUGGUGGAUGGUGGAAGUCAGUGUGCUGGCAGAGUAGAGGUAUUUUAUAGAGGACAGUGGGGAACAGUGUGUGAUGAUACCUGGAAUAUGAAAGCUGCUACAGUGGUGUGUAAACAGCUGGGCUGUAGCGAGGCCAUAGAUGCACCGGGUAAUGCACAUUUUGGACUGGGUACCGGACCAGUCUGGAUGGUUGUUGAAGAUUGUAGUGGGUCAGAGUCUACACUAAAGGAUUGUUUAUCAGGAGAAUGGGGUGAAGAUUACUGUAGCCAUGAUGAUGAUGCUGGGGUUGUCUGCUCAGGAGUUAGACUUGUUGGUGGAUCUCAUUGCUCAGGGAGAGUAGAGGUACUUCAUGGGACCUGGACCUCAGUGUGUGAUGCUGACUUUGAUAAGCAGGAUGCAGAGGUUGUGUGUCGCGAGCUGGGCUGUGGGUCUCCUGUAAAGGUGCUGGGAGCAGAUGCUUUUGGCAGCGGUGAGGGCCAUGUGUGGGAAAAGAAGCUUCAGUGCAGAGGAACCGAGUCUCAGGUUCAUUUUUGUCCAACGUCUUCGCUCGAACACAACUGCUCCCAUUCCAAUGAUGUUGGAUUGGUGUGUGCUGCUGGUGUGAGGCUGGUGGAUGGUGGCAGUCGGUGUGCAGGAAGAGUGGAGGUCUUAUAUAGAGGACGCUGGGGAACAGUGUGUGAUGAUAACUGGAAUAUGAGAGCUGCUGCAGUGGUGUGUAGAGAAUUAGGCUGUGGGGAAGCUGUAGACAUACUCUUUAAUGCUCACUUUGGCCCAGGAUCAGGACCAAUCUGGAUGGAUAAUGUGUACUGCACAGGAUCAGAGUCUACCCUGAAGAAUUGUGGGUCAAGUAGGUGGGGUGGACAUAACUGUCAUCAUGGUAGAGAUGCUGCAGUCAUCUGUUCAGGUCACAGAAAACCCAGACUUAUGGAUGGCCCUCAUCUGUGUUCUGGGAGAGUAGAGGUGCUUCAUGGAAAGACAUGGGCAACAGUGUGUGAUGCUGAAUUUGACAAGCAGGAUGCAGAGGUUGUGUGUCGGGAGUUGGGCUGUGGGCUUCCUGUGGAGGUGUUUGGGGCAUCUGUUUUUGGCAAAGGGAAGAGCCAGGUGUGGACAAAGGACCUUAAGUGCAGAGGCAACGAAUCACAGAUUUAUUUCUGCCAAGGAUCAUUUACUCUCGAACACAGCUGCUCCCAUGAAAAUGAUGUGGGAUUAGUAUGUUCUGGUCAUACAGAUGCACGGCUGGUGAACAGCUUGGACUCCUGUUCUGGUCGAGUUGAGCUCAAAUACCUCAGUGACUGGGGGACAGUUUGUGCUGUAAACUGGAAUAUGAGAGCUGCUAAUGUCCUCUGUGGACAGCUGAACUGUGGAAGUGCUGUGGCUGUGUUGGAAUCGGACUGGUUUGGGGCAGGGAAUGGCCAGAUCUGGGCCGAUAUGUUUGACUGUCAGGGGAAUGAGACACACCUGUCACAGUGUCCCAUAUCAUCAUGGAGUCGAGCUGCCUGCUCUCAUAAACAAGAUGCUGGAGUCAUCUGUAAUGGUUCAUCACUGGCAUUUCAUGAAGGACGAGUGCGGUUGUCUGGAGGGAGUGAAUGUCAUGGUGAGGUGGAGGUUUACUUGAUGCAGGACUGGAGGAGAGUUCUUUUGCACUCUUGGGGUCUGUCUGAGGCCUCUGUGUUGUGCAGACAGCUGGGUUGUGGCUCUGUGCUAAGCUACAAUUCCUCUCUGUCCAAAAUUGAACAUAGUCAAAUGUGUGCAGUAGGUUUUAGUUGCUCUAGAAGUGAAACACAUCUAGGGAACUGCCACAGUGCACAGCUUGUCACCUGCCGCUCGAGAGAACGGCUGUCAAUUACCUGCUCUGGUGUUUUUAACCAAGCCCACAGCUCUAUAAGGCUGGUUGGUUCUGGGGAAGAUUGUGCAGGAAGGCUUGAGGUCUUUCACAAUGGCUCGUGGGGGACAGUGCGUCAUGACUUGUGGGAUAUUGAGGAUGCACAAGUGGUAUGCAGACAGCUGCGGUGCGGCGUAGCCCUCAGCGACCAUGUUCUAUCCUGGUUUGGUCCUGGAACUGGGCCUAUAUGGCUGAAUCAGGUGGAGUGCAAGGGAAAAGAGGUAUCUCUGUGGGAUUGCAGAUUUCAGUUCUCUGAAGAGGAUGAACGUGGACACCAGGAAGAUGUAGGACUUGUGUGCUCAGAGUUCAAAGAGAUCAGACUUACUGAGGGCUGUAAGGGGAAUCUGGAAGUCUUUUACAAUGGAACUUGGGGUAAUGUGUGUGAAAAUACGAUUGAUAAAGAAACAGCAAGUUUAAUCUGUCGUGAGUUGAACUGUGGAAGUACCGGCAAUGAGUACUUGUCCAAAACCAGACUGAAAUCUGCUCCUAAUUGGCUGGAUGAUCUGAAAUGUAGGAAGCAUGAUGCCACUCUGUGGCACUGUCCAUCUUCCCCCUGGAGAAAUCACAAGUGUGAUCAUGUGGCUCACAUUACAUGCACAGAUGUGGAAAAGCAUAAGCGUCAACGCCAUCUGAGAGACUUUUCAUCUGCCUGCCAGAAACAGUGCUCAAAGCGUCUGCCUCUCAGGCUGAGGGGAGGAGAAGGAAGCUGCUCUGGAAGGCUCGAGCUGUAUUAUAAUGCUACAUGGGGCACCAUUUGUAGUGAUCAGUGGGACAUGAAGGAUGCUCAGGUGGUGUGCAGACAGCUUGGGUGUGGCCAGGCGGUGAGCGCUGAUAGGAAAGGUGCCUUUGGUGCUGGUGAAGGGGUUAUCUGGCUGAGCAGAGUGAACUGUAGAGGGAAUGAGAUUCAUCUGUGGGACUGUCUUUAUUCCCUGAAGGAUCACACUGACUGUUUCCACAAACAGGAUGCUGGAGUCAUCUGUGCAGACAUAUCCAUUCCUCCUUCUGAUGCACUGAAAACAACAACCAUCACCACCACCUCCAUAAAAGGUCAAAAGAAGAAAAUAAAUACUACACCAAAUACAUCAGCAGAUAUGCUCUCUAUCCCUACACUGGCCGUGAUUGUGCUAGGAACACUGCUUUUCAUAGCCUUGGUGCUUCUAGUUGUUCUGUUCUACCAUAGCAGAGUGCUCAAAAGAGUUCCCUCUAAAAUGAGAUGUAACUCAAUGUCUCAGGCAGUGUAUGAGGAGAUCAACCCCAGAUUCAUCACUACAAGGCCCACUAGUUCACCUCAGAGGGGAAGUCUCCUUACUGUAGCAGAGCAUUCUGGAUAUGAGCAUGUAGAUGAAGCACUGUGCUCAGGUGAUAGAGCAAGAGUCGAUUCACCAGAGAGCUAUGAUGAUGCCAUCACUGCUGGACUGUUUUUAGAGGACACGGAUGAUAUGACAGAGGACUAUGAUAAUGCUGUUCCCACUGGAAUAAUCCCAAAUACCAUAGCAGACACAGAUGAGGACUAUGAUGAUGUCAUCACUGCUGGACAAGAUGUAGAGGAUGCAGAAGAUUAUGAUGAUGUGGAGGAGCCUCAGAAAGACUGAGAAAUACCACCAAAUGCCUUUGCUCAGGAGCUACCUUGAGAAAUCAGUGAACUAAUGAUUUCAGUAUACAAUAGCUCUCAGUUUAUAUCAUUUUAUGUUUCCUGAACAUUGUUCAUUUCAUUUACAUAGAGUAAUUUAAAUAUUGUAACUAUGGUGGAAACACCUGCAGCGUUGUUCAGUGAAAUGUCACCAAAUUUAAUUUCUAUUCUCUUUGACUCAGAUUUAGUAAAUUCACUUGUCAAAAAUCUUUACAUUGAAUAAUGUUAUUUAGAAAAAAAUAAAUGCACACAGCUCAUUUAUGCAGCCAAUUAGCCGAUUGAAGCCUGAUUUGGUGUUUUGAGGAUGAUGGUUGCUCCAGACACGUCACUCCAAUAUCUCCCAUAGGUGUUCAUUUGGGUUGAGUUCUGUUCACUGUGAAGGCCAUAGCAUAUGAUUUACAUAAUUUUCAUAAUUUUCAUCCUCAUCAAACCAUUCAGUGAGCUGUCAAGUCCUGUGGAUGGGGGUGGACUAUUCUGAUCAGGAUAUAAAUGUUUUAUCAUAGAGUAAAGGUCAGUCAGAAGAACUUUGUGCUGAUUUACUAAAAGGCAGAAUCUGAGGUUAUCAUGGGCACAGACUCAUUGAAACUGGACAGUUGAAGAUUAGAAAAAAAAAAUCAACUGGUCUUUUUCCAGUUGUCAACUGUUCAGUUUUGGUGAGUCUGCCCGUGAAACCCUCAGAUUAUUGUUCUUGGCUGACAGGAUUGGAACUCAAUGUGGUCUUCUGCUGUUGUAGCCCAUCCACCUCAAGGUUCGGUGUGUUGUGCAGGCUGAGAUGCUUUUCUUCUCACCAUGGUUGUAAAGAGUGCUUAUUUGAUUUCCUAUAGACUUCCUGGCAGCUCAGAACAGUCUAGUCAUUCUCCUCUGAUUGCUCUCAUCAACAAUAGCUAUUACAUGGACAUCAAUAUUCCGAUAUUAAUUGGAAUUUGGCAAUAUUCUAAUUAGUACUGAGUCAUGCAAAUGCCACAAUGCGAUUCCCGAUUCAGAUUAAGACAAUAUUCUUAUUCCCCAAAUUCUGAUUCUCACCCCUGGAAUAUGCCUGUUUUAAUCCGAAAUUUGUUGCAUGAGAAAAUCCACUGAAAGGAGACUGAGCGCAUGCUCAGUCCGCAAGGAAUUGUGGGUGCUAACAGAUGUUUGGCUGUAAGCUAGGUAUUUAGGAAAGGCAACUCAGACAUACUUAGAACAACAAUGUGUAUAGGAAUAUUCCAAAGCCUGUACGCAUAUAAACAUCGUAUUCGGAAUAUGGCUGCAACCGAAUAUAGACCUUAAACAGAAUUUGAUGUGCAUGUAAACGUAGUCAAUGUGUUUCAGCCUGCAAACCCUCCGCUCACAGGAUGUUUUUUGUUUUUCACUGCAUAAAUGAGCAGGUGUACAGGUGUUCCUAUUAAAGUGGAUGGUGAGUGUAUAUAAUCAAAUAGAAAAGCCACAUCAUUUUCAUGUUUUUCUAUAAGACAUACACACACUUUAACCACUAGAUGGAACUGUACAACAUCUCAGAAAAUAGCUGUGUUUAUAUGAUUAUAUGAAGGGUUUUGAUGAAUGUUAGAAGUCUGACAUGAACCUGAUGUAUUUUGUUCUGUGAUGUCUAUAGUCUUAUUCAUAUCUUCAAUUAGUAUAUGUAAACAUUUUUACUGUCCUAAAGCAAUAAUUUAGCAAUAAAACAUUUGAAAUGAUAAUUUGCACAAAAAUAAAAUGUACAUUUUUUUCUUAUCACAAAUCCAUCAUAGGUUUUAAUUGACAAGACUGACAAGGCUUCCUUUAAAUAAGCAUUUUGACCAAAAGUGAAUUUUCCUCCACUUUACCCCAAAUAUAGUCCAACAACAAAGACAUGUUUGGCAUCCAAAGUUUCGCUUCUUUAUUUGCACAGGAGCAGUUCCAUAAAAUAGAAGAAUAAGUUAAUAAAUGUCAUAGACACACACUCCCUAUUAAUCUGCUAAGAAUGAAAAUGAUUUUGGCAUUAAGGAAUGCAGAUUAUAAAAUGAUCAAAUGUUUUCUUAUUUCCUACAUUAUCCUCAUUGCUGUUAAAAAGCAGACUUCGGACACCAAACACGUCUUUGUUGAUGAUCUACAUUUGGGAUAAGAGGAAAAAACACUUUUGGUUGAAAUGUUUCUUUACAGGAAGCCUUCGUACAUUAGAUAUGGCUUGCUUUUGCCUGAACAUCAGUUGACACGUGCACUGACCCAUAUUUCAGCUAUUCACCUAGUUACCAUUGUUAUGGAUAACUGUCGCAUUUAUCACAUGUCUCUCAUUUCUAACAAAGUCCCAGUGUGCCAAGUAUGCCCAAAUAUAUUAAGAUCAGUUAUGCUAAACAUGCCUAUUAUCCGCAGUGGUUCUUCAGUCUGCAGUAGCAAUCACGGAAUCACAGUGGUGAUCGAUGCUGGUGUUUUCUGCCGUCUGGUCGCUGUGGGACCAAACAUGCACCUAUUGCACGCUUACAGAGGCGGCUGCUGCCGAUGGGUGUUUCUCUAGAGACUGCAGGAGGCCAAGGACAGCAUAAGCAACCCCCAUAACUCUUCACAUCGCCACAUGUGCCAUUCCCUUCUAUUGUUCUGCCUCAGACUCCAAGUGAAGAAUACUCUGAUGAGUUGGGAGAGCAAAUAUUAGAAUAUUAUAUUAAUUUAAAACAUGUAGGAAUGCAUAUCUGC